GACUAUACUACCUAUUAAAGGGACUUGGGGCUCAUUUUUAUUUUUUAGUAUUUUUAUUAAAAAUAGUUUUGUUUGUUCAUUUUGUGCUCGGCUGACACGUGACUACUUAACUGCUCUUUCUGCUUCCAGCAGAUGUUCCUUCAUUUUUCUGUAUUUUUUUUCACCGUCUCCCAAAUACGGACUCUACUCACUACUCAGUAUUUUUAUGAAGGCGCCAUUUUGAGUCCAUCUUCUCUCCCAUUCAAAAAUCUCACCUGAAAAACCCCCUUUUCCAUUUCGAGAUGUAUUCGCGCUCGUAUCCUUCGGACGCGCAGACGAAGGCCGCCGACUUGGCGGCCAUCAUCGUCGCUGCGGCGUCGCCGUCGCAGAUCGCCGCCGCCUGUGCCGAGGUGGAGUCGUUCCUCCACGCGUACACCGCGGACCAGACUCGCUGGUUCUUCUCUAUCACUUUCCCAACCCUAAUUUGCAAAGUCUUCGGUUUCGACGACGCGCCGCCCGCUGGUCAGAAGUCUCUUUCCCCCUCCGGAUGGACCGAUGUUGCCUCUCUAUCUAACGAUAAAGAGCUUGCAGGCAAAAUUUUCAGUUUACUAUCUCCAAAAGGUGUUUUGCUAUCGUCUAUUUUGAGUGCCGAUGCUUUAUCUCUGGUUAAAUAUGUGUUUCCUGUUGAGCGAUUGCCGGAAUGGGCUCGGUAUCUCCUCCAGAAUGAGAGAGAUGCUAGGGUUUUGGCUGACUUGUGUCCAUUGUUCAGGAAUAGGCUAAAGGAGGACUCAACCAAGGGUUCUUUUCAGGUUCAGUUGAAUAUAUUUGAGUAUUUCAUGUUCUGGUUUGCGUAUUACCCGGUUUGCAGGGGUAAUAGUGAGGGGCCACAGACUGUUAGAGUUAGGAGGAGCACAAAAUUUAGGCUGGAGAAUUGGACUCAUUCGAUUCCAGGCUUGUCAAGCACGAAGCGGGCAGCAGAGAAGAAAAAUGAAGGAAAUCUCUAUAUGCGUCUAUUAUAUGCAUAUCUUCGGGUAUAUGUGCCCAUGCAUGAUCUGAACACCCACCAACCAUAUCGUAGUUCACUUCUCCAUUACUCCUCGGCAUAUGAUGUGUGUAUGGUUGAGCAGGCAGAGUUUUUGGUGAAUACAAUAAUACAUUUUUGGUUUGUGGACAAUGAUUUCUCACCGCUUCCUGUGAAUAUGUGCAAAUCUUUUGGAGUGACACUACCUUUUCGGUCAUUUUUGGGUGAGGUUCCUCCAACUUCUGGUUUAGGUGAGGUGGGGAAUGUGUUUGCCAAGUAUCUAAACCUGAACUCACUUCCACUCACUGAUGGGACUGAUCAGGCAGAUUGUGUUGAGAGUCCAAGGCAGAGGCUACCUGGCUCAGUUGGUACCCCUAAAUCAAGGGAUGCUUCUUUGAGGGUCCAAACUGUCAGUUCUUGGGACACAUUAAUUCAGAGGCCACUAUACAGAUUUAUAUUGAGGACAUUUUUGUUUUGCCCAGUGGAAUGCUCUAUAAAAAAUGCAUCUCAAGUGUUUACACUUUGGGUUAAUUACCUUGAACCUUGGGCAAAUAGUUUGGAAGAGUUUGCUGAGGUGGAGUCAUGUUUGGGCAUGACCAGUAAAACUGUGCGAAGGGAUGGAACCCAAUCUUUAUCACAUAGAUAUUCGUCUGUGUGGAAGGGUUUCGUUCUGGCUAACUACCUGUUCUAUAGCUCCCUAGCCAUGCAUUUUAUUGGCUUUGCACACAAGUUUCUUCACACAGAUCCACAGUUAAUUCUUCAAAUGGUUUCUAAGGUUAUAAACAUAUUAACAUCCUCUGUUGAGCUCUUGGACCUCAUGAAAAAUGUGGACAUUGUUUUUCAUUCAAAGCCUUAUGGAUCAUCCAAAUCAAUGGUUAAUAGCUUACAUAGGUUUGUACCUGCAAUUCGUGAACAACUACAGGACUGGGAGGAUGGUUUAUGUGAGAGUGAUGCUGAUGGAUCAUUUCUGCGUGAAAACUGGAACAAAGACUUGCGACUUUUCAGUGACACUGAAGAUGGUGGACUGGAGUUGCUUCAGCUUUUUGUGUUGAGAGCAGAAUCUGAGUUGCAAGUGCUGGGUGCUGACACUGUUGCACAGAACACAGAAUGCUUGAACACACUAAAAUCCCAAAUAGGACUCCUGUGUGGCACUACCCCUAUCACUGAGAAGCUCAUCAGCAGGCCAGGGACAACAACAGUUUCGGAAGCCACACGGGACGAGAUUUUCAAGCCCAGAAGUUACACAAACCAAACAGUGCCCGUAAAGCGUCCCGUACGCGGCGACGAAAUCGCAUGGCUUGCGAAUCUGCUCGUAAGGAUAUCGGGUCGGAUAAACGAGUCUCUCGGGCUGAACACGGUCGAGGGGGCCCACGAGAGCCCGUGUUCCUCGUACGUGACCGUGCCGGGCGGUGCAGGGGAGGUGUACGGGCUCGCGGAAAUGCUGAAAGUGGUUUUCCGGUUGGUUGUGUCUUUGCUUGGUGCCCUGUGUCGGCAUGCCAGAGAGUUCAUGAGAAAGCGCGGGCUCAGGGUUAACCUUAGGGCUUUGGCAUUGAAGAAGGUGGUGGUGAUGAUGGUGUUCAUGGCUGUGGCCUUUUCCACUCUGAAAAGGGGUCUUUCAGGUGUUGCAGUUUCAGGAAACAAUGUGUUUUAAAUUUUAAUACAAGAAGAGUAAUAGGUUAGGGGCACCCUGCAUUUACGUUGUGAGACCGUGACCUUUAGUUUUGGGGCAGGCAAACUUCUUUCUCUGAAGUUGGUUUUGAUUCAUAAACGUUGAAUCCAAAU